GUGCGUGAGCACCAGGUGAUAUUCAUGUUCAAUGAAGGGAGCCAAAAGGUGAAGGUAACACGAGUGAUGACAAGUGAGUGCCAGCUGGACGAUGAUACAACACAUUCUCAGGGAUUUAGAGUGAACCGAUUCAAUUAAUAAAGAGAACUGAAUGUACAGUAAUGGACAAACUCAGAGCGGUUCUGGGUGGUCGUGAUGGAAACAACGACAACAGAAAUGUACUGCAGGCGGCGAAUGAAGCGUCCACGCUGGGAUGGGGAACGCGCUUGAAAGGAUUCCUCGUCUUUGUGGUCAUCGGAGUAGUGUGCACUAUCCUGGGAGUAUGUUGCCUGUUUAUUCCUAAAGUAGGGCUGAUUCUCUUCAUUGUGUUUUACACAUUGGGUAACAUAUGCUCCUUAGCAAGCACCAUGUUUCUGAUGGGGCCAUUGAAACAGCUGAAACGGAUGUGUGACAAGACCAGAGCCUUUGCUACAAUUGUUAUGAUAACAUGUCUGGUUCUCACACUCUGUGCAGCUUUUUGGUGGAAGAUCUUUGCACUCACUUUGCUGUUUGUCAUUCUGCAAGUCCUUGCAUUUGCAUGGUAUAGCUUGUCAUACAUUCCUUUUGCAAGAGAUGCCGUCCUGAAGUUUUUCUCCAUGAUGUGCAACAUGUGUGUGAAAUGAAGAGCUGGGGUUUGGCCUUUCAGCACUCCAUGAACUUUCUGCUCAAGUAUUCUGUGAUUUCAGGAUCCACAAAUGAUCAUUGACAGAAUGGCACAAUGGGACAUUGCUGUAAUGGCUAGUUAGACAUUUUGUUAAAUCUGAACGUAAAGAAUAAGUCUGCCUUCUGCUGAAUGUGUUUUAUUUGAAACAUCAGAAAAGGUUAAAGGCCUGCUUUAAAAUUAAUAUUUAUAAAAUCAAAUAUUUUGGGGGUGGCUUUUGAAAAUUGCACUUUAAAUUUUCUCUACCUUUGUCUUAAUAUUGUAUGUUAACACCCUGUAAAUAAAGACUAGUUUUAUCAGC